CGUUUGAGGAACGCUUUGCGGUAAGACGAGUUCGGACGCGCUGUGAAAUAUUCAAAAUUUAAUGUGUUCGAAAUAAAAUAAAAAAUGGAAUCGAAAUUUAAAAAUUUCAAAAAUUCCCUAUCUGUACAAGAUUGUGAAAAAACAAACUUGACUUUAACGACCCCGUUCUCAAUCAACGAUAUAUUGACGAAGGAAAACGAAACGAAGUGCAAUUUUGAAAAUGGAAUAUUUUGUUCGAGUGGUUUUGGCGGGAAGGCGAAUUUUAUAAACAAACCGGCCAGCUACAAAGAGGAUGAUUAUCAGAAAAAGGAGGUUGUAGAAAAAAGUAUAAAAUACUACGAUGAUUGCAAUUUUCGUGAUUAUGCAGAUGAUGGAGCUUUGGAUAUGUCGAGGAAGAACAGCUUUCCAGUCACAGAACUAUCGGAUGACUAUGACUCAAGAUCGUCAAAUACGGGCUCUCCGGGACGUCGGGCGAACUCUUCUCCCAACUCAGAAAUUAGCUACAAACCUUUCAACCUCCACUAUGACAGGAAGUGCUCCACCCCGCCACCCGACCAUCGUAUCAUGCACUCCCCAAACUACACACCCAUCGAAUACUCACAGAACAACGGCAGAAAGAAGCGAUCUAGAGCCGCCUUCUCCCACGCACAAGUCUACGAAUUAGAACGACGUUUCAGCCAACAGAGAUACCUAUCUGGUCCAGAAAGGGCAGACUUAGCUGUAAGUCUCAAGCUUACUGAGACGCAAGUCAAAAUAUGGUUUCAGAAUCGACGGUAUAAAACGAAGCGAAAACAAUUACAAAUGCAGGAAAGUGGUAUGCUGGCUGCGGCCGCUGCGGCUGCGAAUCACGCGAGAAAAGUUGCAGUCAAAGUCCUAGUCAAUAACAAUGGGCAGCCAAGUUUACCAGAUUUAAAGUACCAGGCGCCCAUAAUCGGUAAGGCUUUAAACCCAGCGCUGUUCACGCCACCGAAUCUUCUAGAAGGCUCGCCGAUAUUGAAGCACUUUGCUGGUGUUUACGGAGUCGAUUUCGCCAAGAAUCCAGAAUACAAAGCGCUUUUACAGGAAUCGUACAAUCAAGCGGUGUUACAAUCUCUAUACGGUCCGCAUUUAGGGGUCAAUUAUCCGAAUAUCCCAUUAUCUUAUAUGUAUUAUCCCGGUCAUCCCGCUUUUGGUAUGCCGAUCCCUUGUGAGACGGAUAGGGGUCAUGAAACAUGUGUUGAUAGUAAGGAGUUUGGUGAGAGUUCGAUGAAGGAUGAUAGACUUACCGAUAAGGGUAAAGCCCUAGUCGAUGUGAAUGAAAAUAGCAAUGAAAGUAUGGCUAGCAAUAUCGAAAUAGAGAAUUGACUUCACUGCCCAUAUCUGACGAAAUUUGAUAUAAAAAAACAAGUGAAGAAUGAGAAAACAAAAUAUCGUUCUAGUACUUAACAAAAGCACUUGAUAUUUCCGUUAUUGAUUAGAAUAAAAUUUGUUUCAGUUAUUAAAAUAAUUAUUUGAAAUUGGAAUAAAAUGAAAUAUUUUUCGUUACAAAACUGUUAACUCAAAGUUAUAAUUUUAUAUAGAUGCAGCACUUGCAUAAAACACAAAAUAACCAAAGAUGUAUAAAACAAACCAAAGAUUGUAAAAGAAACCAAAGAGUUUUAUUAAGAUUACUUUUAGUGUUAUUGUUAAUUUUAAUUAAUUGUAAAUAAUGUUUUAUCGUUUCUAAGAUGUUACUUGUAGCUGUCACUUUGUAAAUAGUACAAAUAUAGUAGAUACCAAAGUUUAAUAAAGGCAAUGUCGUUAAUUA